CAUUCCUUCUGUGCAGAAUUAUAUGAAAAAUGCAACCCACCGAAGAAAAUGGGGAAGGAAUUCAACCAACAGCGACGGAACACCCAGCCGAGAGCGAAAGCAAAGCUCCCAUUAUCUGUAGUUUUUGCGAUAAGACGUUCAAAUACCCCACGAUGUUGCGACAGCACGAAAAGAUUCACUACGGCAUCAAGCAGCAUGAAUGCGAGGUGUGCCAUCGCCGUUUUCUGCACAAAAGCACCCUAACGUGCCACAUGCGGCUGCACACGGGCGAAAAGCCGUACAAGUGUCCGCACUGUCCGAAAACAUUCCGUGGCCAAACGGCACUCAACUGUCACGUCUUCCGGCACACGAACGAGGGUGCCAAAUGUCCCGUAUGCUCCAAAGUCUUUGCCACCGGUUCGGUUGUGAAACAGCAUCUGAAGCAGGUGCACACCGACGAGCGGCAAAAUGUGUGCAAUCUUUGCGGUGUAACUUACAAGCAUCUGAAGAGCUUGAGGCUGCAUCUACGCAACCACCAGAAGCGGAUGUGUCCCGAGUGUGGCGUGGGAUUUGACAACGUGCAUUCUAUGCUGAAGCACCGCAAGCACGCGCAUGUCAAAGAGAACCUUCCAUUCAGAUGCGAUCACUGCGAUCGAGCGUUUGAGCAACGUGCCAAACUUGCUUCCCACGAAAAGCUGCGAGGCCGACCGUUCCAGUGUGAGCUAUGCUGCCAUAGCUUUAACAAGCAACACUACCUAACAAACCACCAGCGGCGUGCUCACUGGCAGGAGAUGGGACUGGAGCGGUUGAAAGUGGCUGAACCACAGAAUGGGUGGAAUCGGAAGGGAAUUCCAAAGCCAAAGCGUAGAAAGAAACUUGCGGAAUCGCAUGAACCGGAAUGUCUUCCGAACGAGAAUAAUGGAACGCAAUCUACAGUGAUCGAUCAACUUCCAAACAAGCCGGAAACCGGCACACAUGAGACUGUGAUUAAGAGCAUACAAUGCGAGGAUGGAUCUUUUGAUCCCCAGAUACAACCAUCGGAAAAUAGAACCGAUGAUAUGACGAUACACGAAGAAGAGAUGCUACUCAUGAACUCUUCUAACAACCUUACUGAACCGUUGGAAAUUUUAAACAAUAGUCAAUGUACGACUACUUCUGGAGAGGAAAACAAAGGCUCAAAGGCGUUAAUCUGCGAACUGUGCGGAAACUGGUACGCAUCCGCAUCAACCCUUGCCAUACAUCGUGCCAAACACCAUCAUGCUGCUCGCUUCCAAUGCGACCAGUGUCCCAAAACGUUCGUUUUUCGGUGCUUCCUUGAGAAGCACAUCAAAACCGAUCAUCAAAACGAGCGCGUAUCGUGUGAGCUUUGCGGCAAAGCGUUCAAAUACGGACAAGAUUUGAAGGUACACAUGCUGCAACACGAGGAUCCCAAACCGUACAAAUGCGACCAGUGCUCUUCCGCCUUUCGGUUUCGCGGUGCAUUGAGGUCGCACAAACUGCUGCACCAGAAAGACCUGCCGUUCCGAUGCGAUAUUUGUGCGAAAUAUUUCCGGUUCGCCAACAGUCUGCGGGUGCACAAACGUCUGCACAGUGGCGUUAAACAAUUCAUGUGUGAGGUUUGUGAUCGAGAGUUUGCCACAAAAGCGCCACUGUUACGACACAUGAAGGUGCACGAUGCUGGCAGGGAGUUGGCUUGCGGAGUAUGCGGGGCAGUGUUUUACAAAAAGGUUGAUCUCCAGAUACACCAAAGCAAGGAACAUUCCGCCCACCAGGCGUUGGGGAAGGUGAAACCCAUCUACAGCUGUGAGCACUGCGGGAGAGAAUUUAUCCGGAAAAGUAACCUGAAAGCGCAUGCGUACAUUCACGAGGAAGUGUACCGGUUUGCAUGUGAUCUGUGUGGUCAAUCCUUCAAGCAACAUUCCGGUCUACGAAAUCACAUGAUCAACAUUCACAAGCAAGUGCCUGGGUCGUUGGAAACUGCAAACGAACCGUACGAAAAUGUGCAACAGGGUGCAUAA